GCCACGGACAUGUUUUUUCCUGCCAGGAAGAAGGUGACUCUCCAAUUAUAUUCUUCCAGCUGUUAGACUUUGUGCCUCCCCCAUGGGGAGGCAAUUUUCUUUCGGGGAGCCUGCUCUUCGACUGCAGACCUUCGGUUCAACUGGACACUUGUUUUUUUGACGUCCAGCUCCUGUCAUUACUCUGCUUUCAAAAUAACAAGUGACCUGCUCCGGAGCAGAGUGAACGAUAGAGCCUGGGUGUCAGGUUGUCAACCGACUACUUUAAAUGACCAUGGCUGACGAGGGCGUUUCUCUGGGCCCUGAAGUUCUCAGACCCCCGACGGAAGACAGCCCCAGUGUUCAAGAUUUGGAGCAGCUCCUGAAUACUGGCAGGUCCUCCUGUCACCACACUGAUGAAGUCUGGCCUAAUCUUUUCUUAGGAGAUCACGUAGCAGCGCAUAGCAGAUUCGACUUAUGGAAAAUGGGGAUUAGCCACAUUUUAAAUGCAGCCCACGGCACUCUCUAUUGCCAAGAGUCGCAUGAUUUUUAUGGUGCAACGAUUGAAUACCGUGGUGUACCAGCUCACGAUCUUCCCAGUUUUGAUAUAAGCCCGUAUUUUUAUUCUUCUGCGGAAUUUAUACACAAGGCUUUGACUACACCCGGAGGCAAAAUCUUUGUCCACUGCGCUUUUGGGAUAAGCAGAUCUUCCUCUUUGGUGCUGGCGUACCUCAUGAUCUAUCAUUAUUUCUCGCUGGUGAAAGCAAUACAGACAGUAAAAGAGCAUCGGUGGAUCUUCCCUAAUCGAGGUUUCCUGAAACAAUUAAGAAAUCUGGACCUCCAGCUAAGAAAAAAAUGAACAAAGAAAGAAAUGGAAUGUACGUUUUUAAAAGAAGGAACAUAUCUUGCAGACGUUCUGUCAGUUGGCACAAUAUGUACCAAAAUUAUUCUUUUAGCUGACUUGCAGAUAUUGCUUCUUGUUAGGUAAAGUUUGCAAUGUCUGCAGAAUGUUGUAUUUAUUGAAUUAUUUAUUUAUUGAAUUAUUGAGUCUGUCCAUAAGGACAUAAGGACAGUUCCCCCCCCCGUGCCGUCACUCUGCUUAACAACUAAUUCCUACACCACUGUCA